CAGUAUAACCAGUUCGCGCAGUACUCCGAAUAGUUGUAGGUUGCGAGAACGCGGAACGAACAUGCCAGAUAACGCAGAUACAGUAGAAUUCAAUGCCGACGAGCUGGAGGCUCCGGCCUGGCUGAACGCCCAGUUCAUUGGUGACGUACUGAGCAGCUAUGAGAAGUGCCCCGAACUGAAGGUGACUGAUCUCCAGAUCACCCCCGCAAGUGCCCAGGGCGAUCACUACGCCAGCGUUAUGUUCCGAACCACUGCCGAGUACACCACCUCGAAGGGAAAGUUCACUAAGCCGCUUAUCAUCAAGACGAUGCCCGAGCAGGAGGGUCACAAGAAGGACAUGCUGGCCGAGUCGCACUUGUUCUCUACGGAGAUCGGAGCCUACACCAAGGCGCUUCCGGAGUUCGAGAGGAUUCUGCGGGAGGCGGGAGAUGAUACCAAGCUGUAUGUGCCCUGCGUCUAUCACAGUUUGGAGCCGCGUCAGGUGGUGAUUUUCGAGGAUCUGGUGCCACAGGGAUACUCUGUCAUCAGGAAUAGACCCAUUAAGGAGCCGGAAUUGAAAAAAGUAUUUAACAAACUGGCUAAAUGGCAUGCUGCCAGCAUGAAAGUUAUGAGCGAGCAACCUGAUUUCCUGAAAGAGUUCAAGUAUGGUUUGACUGAGAUGCCCACAUUGAUGUCGGAUCCAAUGGUCACAACUGGCAUGGCUAGCUUUGUGAAGAUGCUAGGAGUUGUUCCCGAGCUUACAAAGUACAAGCCGUAUUUUGAGAAAAUACAGGAAGAUUACGUAGAGCGAAUGGCUGACGUGAUGCAGGAGUACCGAAGGAAUUAUCAAUCCGAUGGAUACUACGUGAUGUGCCACGGCGAUUUCCAUCUGCGAAAUAUGAUGUUCAAGGAGAACGGGGACGUCAUGUUUGUGGACUUCCAAAUCUGUAACCUGUGCCCCCUUACAGUCGAUCUGAUUUAUUCCGUCUACAUGCUCAUGGAGGCAGAGCAGCGAUUGGAUCUCGGGAAAGACCUAAUCAACUAUUAUUUCUCUGUUCUGGAGGAAACAUUGAAGAAAUUGGACUACAGGGCCGAGAUGCCCACACAGGCUGGACUGUGGAAACAAAUUCAUCGGCACAAAUACUACGAUUUCUUCCUCAUGUCCACUUUUUUUCCAAUGUUGCUGGCCCUAAAGGCAAAUAAGCUGAAAAUGGCCGAUAUUAUUCAGGACCCGAAGACCAGAGAAAAAAGCUACACAUUCGAUAUAUAUGUUGAUGAAAUCAAGCAGCUCCUGCCCAAAUUCGAAAAAUUGGGUUACUUUAAAGAUCUGUGAAUUAAGUGCAAUUUAGGCAGAAAUCUAGAUACGUUGCAAUGCUAAUUCUGCUAAAGCUUUUCUAAGUUGUAUUAUCGCUUUUAUACUUUGGAAAUUCCGGCUCAGCUAUAAUUGGUAUUAUAUCUCUCAGGCUCUCAAGGUUGAGAAAACGCUUUUAAGCUCUCAAGGUUGAGCAAACGCGACGACUUUUAGAAUUAGUUUUAAUAAAAUGUUAAAACAA